UGAGGAUUGAAGGAUGGGCCCCAUGGGGAUGUACGUCUGGUCGCGGAUACUAUUUUGUCGUUUCACUCGUGCAUUGACGUUUAUAAAUCCUUGAGUGAGGCAAAAAUAAUCUGGGAAAAAGGCUUCUCUGACAGAACCAAAACCGACGACCAUGACACUCCAAUGACCAUGGCCACUUGCUAGCUUGCCGUCGCUUUCCUCUCUCUUCAAAGCUUCCAUGUACAAUCAGCUAUACUGUAACCUUUAGAACUUAUCUAUAGUACGGUACCACUCUAGCUAGCAAGCUUGACAAAGCACUCACUCCCCAUCAUACAUGUAGUCAUGUCCUCCUCUCAAGGCAACAGCAACAAGAACAACACUAGUAAUAAGAAUCAUGCCAAUUUCCCACAAUUUGCAGGUCAACCACAAGGACAAACACAGCAGCGAUGGGGCAAUGCCCAACAACAACGAUUGAUGCAAAUGCAGCAGCAACGGUCACAACAACAAAUGCAGUCCAAGCAACAUGGCAAUCCGUUGGCACCGGCCCCCGCUUCUUUGACGAGACCACCCCCGUUAACGUCCGCUUCCAGCAGUGCUUCCUUAUUGAGCAAUAAGGGCAGCAGUCCCUCAAAAGCCAAGGGCAUGGCACCUCCCAAACCCACCACACUGGGCCGUGGCGUUUCCAGUACGAUCAUUCCUCCUCCCCCGUCGCUCAAAGCCGCCACCUCCUCGAUUGGGGCAUUGGCCGCUGCCACGCGCAAUGAAGCCGCCACCAACGUGCUGCUCUCCAAAAGCGAUUGGGUUGACAAGACUAUUUGGGUCUCAAGACAAUUGCUCGGAGGAAACAUUAACAAUGGAUUCCUGUCGGCCACGUCCAAUGUCCAACGACUCAAACGACAACGGGCACGACAAGCAGCGCAUUCGCAAAAGAAAAAAGAUGAAGAUGCCGCCGCCAAGGAAAAAGAAAAGGAUCCACCGAAAGAAACUCCCAGUACUGCUUCUUCUUCCAAUACUGCUUCAGCCACUGCUGCUGGAGGAGGCAAGGAAGCCGCCACGGCAGCCAGCAAGGACAAAGACGGUGGAAAGAAGCGUGAUGCGCCCGAUCAAGCGGCCGAAGAAAGUCUCAAAAAGGAAAUUAUGAAUACGCGGACGGCCAAAAAACUCAAAGCCGAACUCGAAGUGGGAAUACAGUGGUGUGUCACGUUGCAGAAUGCCAUUCGAAGCAUCUUGACCGACAUGGAUCCGGCCAUUGCGGCAUUUACGCCAUUGCCCCUCGAUCAAGGAGGAACCUGGCCCAAGGCACCACCCAAUACUACGAAAACUAGCACCACCACGAAUCCAGCCUCCAUGGCAUUGGCCACUAUCAGCAGCAGCAGCGCUACCACCAGCAGUCCCAAUCCGAAACCAUCCUCGCCGGCGCCGCCGGUCAAUGCAUCGCCGCCCAAAGUCACGUCGUCGUCGUCUCCAACGGCGCCGCCCGUCACGUCCUCCUCCGAUGCGGUACAACGUCGUGCAUCGGACAAUUCCAUUUCCUUGGCUUCCUUGGCUCAAAGCAACAACAACAACAGCAACAAUACUACGACUACACAGAAAAAGAAGAGCAGCAAAAACAACAGUACAGCUCCUCAAGCCACUCCUGGCGGACCGGCUGGAUCCACAUUGCGCAAACAUCGCAAGAAAAAAUUGCCAGCGUCCACGGAACCAACCAUUCCCAUUGCCGAAUUUGAUGCCACGGGGAAACGCAUCUGUUCCAAAAAGGAACAUCAAUUCCGAAUCUUUGAAGUCACAAGAUUCCGGGCACUCAAAGAGGGAGAUUUCGUUGCGGCACGAGUGUCCAGCAGAGAUUUGUGGAUUCUAGCCCGUGUUCAAGCCGAUUAUCCAGGAUUUGGAAUGCCGCCCAAUGACUUUUUGAAUUUGACAGAAGCCAAACGGGAUGCCCAUUUUAAAGAAAAAGCCGCCAUUAAAGACGUCGAAGACAAGGAAGGAGUCAUCAACCGAGUCCCGCGCAAUUUGGUGUUGCCAUUGCCACGAACCUUUUCGGAAGCGGCCGAAUGGUGUCAACGUUCCAAGAAAGGAUCGCGAGUGUACGCCAUGUAUCCUCAAACGACCUCUCUCUACUCUGCCACUGUGGUGGACAACACAACCUACUGUCGGGGAGAUGAUGACAUUAUCGUUGUGGAAUUCGAUGGUGACGAAGCGGACCAUACCGGUGUGCUGCCAAAAUAUCAUAUCCCGGCUCGUUUUGUCACCUUGAUCCCUCGAGAGUUCCCAGCCGCACAGACCAACAGCAAAAAGAGAAAAUCAGCGACUCAAGCCCAGGCUAACACCCUGCCAGACCUGGCAAGUCCUUCCUCGGUAAAGAGCAUGAAGUCCGAAGGAUCCUUAGGGGGAUCUGGGUUCCUGGAGGAUGGUUUGGGCGGAUUGGUGGACGGGAUGGGAUUUGAUGAUUUGGUCACAACAGACUCAUUAGAGGAUUUCGGUUUUGAUUUCUCGGAAGCGUAGUGCUUGCAAACGAACUUGCAGAGAAGAGCACGUCCUGCAUGGGUUUCUCCAAAGGCAGGUGAGCUAUUCAUAUUUGUAACAAUAAAUAUCAUCGGGUCUACCGUAUGUCUAUUUAUUUGCAGUUUUUACUUCUCCAUGUACCGGUAUCCACAGUUACGG